AUGGCACCAACCGCGGCACCAACCCUGACACCAACUCCGACAUUGAUCAACCGCAGGUUCGAAAGCCAUGAAGCCUCCCCUCUUCCCACCGAGAGUCUUGCGAAGUCGUCCAGGUUCGAUAUUCCCGAUGGCUUCAAGGGUGCCGCCAUAGGCCUGUUCAUUGUCAUCGUCCUGUGCAUCAUCAUGAUACAUCUGAGGCUGGUGUGGAAGAUGGCAAAACGCCACGAUGAUCUGGAAAGGGCAGGGACUGCUCGACCGAUCUCCGACGUGUCCAGCAACACCCUUAGUCCUCAAGACGCCAGCGCCCAGUCAACGCUGAAUGAUUAUGACUCGUGUGUCUGCGACGGUUGCAAGUUGUCGGAGAACAGAAUGUCGUGUGAGCACAGACUGGAUGAGUCCUCGGCUCUCUUGCGCAGAUGA